GCAUUUGACUUUCGGUUCGUUCGGUUGGAUUUCGCGGUCUGCAGCUCAAAACACGAACCACAAUUUUCUGUGAGUGUGUGUGUGUUUAUUGCGCCUGCGCAAAUCGUUGAGUGAAAGAUUCCAAACUGCAGCAGGUUCGUUAGUUGUCGUGAACGCGUUGACAGCGCAGUUGUCGUUGUUGCUGUUCGUUGUGAGUGUGGGGGGCGCGUGCGCAUUGCAUUGUGAAUGGCUGUAAAUCGUUUGUGAAUGGUGGUGAAAAAAAGAGAUAGAGCGAAAGAGACGUGCGCGGCAGUGACAAGAAUUUUGUAGCCGCAAAUGUUUGAAAAGUUAAUGAAGUGCAAAAAUGUUUGCUGUCACUGCAGCCAAAUUACUGUGAACGCUUUGAUUUGCGGUUGACCCCACGAGCUCUUGCUCUUGCCCUUGCCCUGGUAAAUCGGUAAUCGACUUGUAUUUUUUUUUUGGUUGCUUGCUGCUGUCGACUGCCAAAGUGAAAAUUGUGAAAAUUUGCUGCUGCACACGGAUUAGUCGCAUAGCAAAGAGCAAAGAGCAAAACAGCAACAAGAACUGAAAUCGAAAACAGUGCCAACUACGCAUAGAUCAAACGUCAGAGAUUGUCACCGAGUCUGACGCCCAACAUCGUAGCCAUCAUUCAUUCCUUACUCUUGCCGCAAUGGAACCCAACUUGCUAAAACAGCUGCUGCUGAAGAACCAUCAGGACUCCAUCUACCAGACGCAGUCGCAAUUUCAGUGCCCAUCCCUCUGCAUGUCCAUGGCCGACAGCAGGGAACGCAUUCGCGGUCCAUCGCGCGAUGGUCGCGAAUUCCUCACCAGUCCACGUCAAGUGCUACGUCGCCUCAUGCUCCUCUCGGAGGGACGACAAUAUCGCGAAGCUGCUGGCGUUGUGGGGCGUCUAGGGCCUUCAGUGCUGCACUCGGUGAUUGCAGAGUUGCCCAUUGAUUUGCUGCUCGAACACUUGCCACACAGCGCUUAUUUGCUGGAAUCUUUCUACACAAGAUUAACCACACUGAACACGACACCCAAGCCGGAUGUGCCCAGCGAGACAGUCGCCUGGCAGCUGGUGCGUCUCUUUGCCAAUCCCCACGAGUCGGGAUUGCGGCAACGUUGCUCGAAGCUGUUGCACGCCUUGGCUCAAUACGAACCAAGUUUGAGGCAGACGUUGCGGGAACGUCGUCGAAGCUUCGACAAUGCGGUGCAAGGAUUGGGCGUGCAUGGCCUGACGACAGAUGCGUCGGGUCAGCUGAUAUCGUUGCAUGUGGCGCUGAAGACGGAGCUGCAGCGUCACGUGGACACCUACAAGAUGGCCAUACACAAGCUGGAGGAGCUGAGCAUGGUGACUGUCAAUCAGGAUCCGGCACAUUCCUCCCAUCAACGUCUGCUCGCCAUCAACUAUGGCGACAUCCAACAGCGGCUGAUUGACAACAAGACGCUGCUGACGAUGUUGGAUAAGCCAGCACUGAAGCAGCUGUACACGCUGGUGGAGAAUCUCAGCACACGUGUGGAGAACGACAAGGAUGUGCUGUCGUGUGUGGGCCAAGUGAAGCGUCUCGAUGCGCAGGCACACAUCGAGAAGCGUCCGGCUGCCGGUCUCCUGAUGAAUUUCUCGCGCGGCUGCGAAGUUGUGCUGCACAUGAUGGGACCCGAGAGCUUGCCCCCCCCAGCCGUGGCUGUCAACAAGUCGGCGUCGACAGCUGCCACAGCCGGUGGUGGCAGCAACAGCAGCUGCAGCGAUGGCUAUCACUCCGACGACUCGGCCAGCGAGGAUGGCAGCGAAAUGGUGUCACACUAUCGAAAUCUCUACAUCGAGAAUCGCGCAGACGCCCUGGAGGCAUUGGACAGCUUGCCGCAGCUCAAGCACGCACACAGUCUGAAGGGCAAGAUACUCUUCUCCAUGAUUGUGCUUUCUUUUCGCCUGUGCCACGGCAUGCGGGAACGCAAGGUGCUGGAGGUGCGCCGUGUGCUCAACUGCGCACUGGACAGCAGCAGCGAGACAACGCUGGCCUUGGAUCGUUCGGUUCGCAAUCAUCUGCACGAGACCACAGACAGUUUUCCGCUGGGCGAGAUUGAGCGAUCGGUGUUCAAUCAGGUGCUGUCCACGCUCCACGAAUAUCCCUGCUUGGAAUCUUGUCCACCAUUGACGCACUUUGUCAGCGCCUGUGUGCGACUCGCCUGGCGCAUGAUCAACCAAAAGGCGCCUUAUUAUUUGGACACUGAUUUCAAUCUGGGUUUUCUGCGUCCGGAGAAGCACGAACGACAUCCGCAGUCGGAUCGUCGCUCGGAUCUGAUCAAGGCCUUCCUCUGGCCCGCGCUCAUGCAGAACAAUCAGUGCGCCUUCAAGGCUGUUGUGGCCACUUGAGCUCUGAGC